GACGCAGUGACGCUUCACGCACAGACACAACAUGGCGGCGGUGUGGGUCACGGCUCCGGUUCUCGGCCUCAAACUGCGGCCAGUCUUCGGCGUCUCUGCGGCGGCUCAGCUCCUGGAGGACUUCGAACGGGACACGGGACUGUGUGACCUGUACGUCCUGUGUAAUGGGCGCGUGGUGGACAGAGACCAGACUCUGCAAAAUGGAUCUAUCUAUCACCUGGAACCACGGCUCCGAGGAGGCAAAGGAGGUUUCGGGUCGAUGCUGCGAGCGCUUGGAGCUCAGAUCGAAAAGACGACAAACCGAGAGGCAUGUCGAGAUCUGAGUGGGAGGAGGCUCCGGGAUGUCAACCACGAGAAAGAGAUGGCCGAGUGGCUGAAAAAGCAGGCGGAGCGAGAGGCAGAGAAGGAGCAGCGACGACUCGAGCGACUUCAGAAGAAACUCGCCGAACCAAAGCAUCAUUUUACAGACGCCCAGUACACGCAGCAGUGCCACGAGUUAUCGGAGCGACUGGAGGAUUCUGUUAUCAAAGGUCUCCAGGCGUCCUGCAGUACUGGGGUCAGUGCUGGGGUCAGUGCUGGGGUCAGUGCUGGGAUCAGUACUGGGGUCAGUGCUGGGGUCAGUGCUGGGGUCAGUGCUGGGGUCAGUGCUGGGGUCAGUGCUGGGAUCAGACCUGAGAUCAGACCUGAGAGCUCCAAACGUCCAAGUAAAGACAGAGAGGGACCGCUGAGCAAGAAGAGUCGCUGCAACGACCCCUUCACCUGGACCGGACUGGACCUGAUCUCCUCCGAUGACGACGUGGACCAAGAGUCUGACUCAGAACCAGGGAGAGAGAGUCCUGGUCCAGAAAUGGAGCCGCACCCGGAGAGGGGUGGUUCUGACCCAGUCUCUGCUCCACCCUGUGCUCCACACGAACCCCAGUCCUCCAGCCCUGAAGACUCAGAGUCCGAGGUCCAAGAGCCAAACCGGCCCGGGUCCAACGGCUCUGACUCCAGUCCUAACCCUCAGCAUGGGUCCAGACCGAGUCCACACCCAGAGGAGUCCAGACCUGAGGGAGACCCAAGGAGGUCCGGUCCUGAUCAGGUCCAGAGGAAACCCACAGAGUCCAGUUCUAGUCCAGAGCAGAACCAGGACCAGAUUCCAGAUCAGCGCCCCCUCUUGGACCUGGACUCUGUCACGAGACCCGAGGACCUGGAGGCUCUGGGUCUGAAUGUCCUGAAGGAGGAACUGAUGAGACGAGGGUUAAAGUGCGGGGGAACUUUAUCAGAGCGCGCAGCCAGACUCUACAGCGUGAGAGGGAAGAAGGACGGAGAGGUGGAGCCGGGACUGAGAGCAAAGAGCAAGAAGAAAGGGAAAUGAGAGGUGGAGGGAGGAGGAAAGAGGUGGAGGAGAGAGGAGGAAAGAGGAGAGAGGAGGAGUGAGGUGGAGGAGAGAGGUGGUGGAGA